AUCCUCCUACCUCUUCCUAGGGAGUGCUGGGAUUAAAGGUGUGCCCCACCAUGCCCGACUCCUCGUAUUUAUGUUUAUAAACUUGGCUAUAUGAACACAUCUAGUGGACUGCGUUGAUGUCACCAUGUAUCUCAUCCCUUUCCAUUUUCCAGUUGACUGGGCAGCAUGUACUGAUGGCUCUGACCAAGUCCUCACUCUCACUGGUUUCCUCCGAGAGUGACUCAGAGGAGUUGCCCACAUUUACCUUUCUGAAGAGAAAACCAUCUUCCACCGAGAGGAGUAAGCCUCCGAGGGAGGGCAGGAUCGUAGUGGUCGACACCUCAGGUUCUGAGGCCUCCUGUCCCCCGUCGCCGGGGUUGAAAGAUGUGUCAUCUGUCCCAGACACAGCCGGAACUCUCACCCACACGGAGCCCGUGCGAGUGCUAAGCAGUGAGAGUGAGAGUGAAGAGCUCUUCAUUCCCUUGGCUGAGAGGCUUACGUGUAAGUUUCUGACGAGCAAGCAGCCGAGCCCCGAGGAGUGGAGCUCCCCCCUUAGGACUGUUCUAGGUCAUCAAAAUAGUGAGAGUGCAUCUUGUGACUGGAAGAAGCAGCCAUGUCCAGAGAUUUCUGACAUUUCACUCGGCACCUCAGAGAGGAAGGCAGCAGCAGGUGACCAGGACUCUAUCUUGGACAACCUCUACCAUCAGCCUCCAGCCUACCAGUCCACGUGCCUGCCCCAGAGCAAUGAGUUGUCCGUGACCAGAACAAAUUCUGACCUCCCCCUACCCCAGAAGAGAGCCAGGCAUGGCCAGAAGGUCCAGAGAAGAAGGUCUCGGGAAUGCCAGCAGCAGGAACAGGCACAUCGGAGGAAAAGCACCCCGAGACAACAGGGAAAAGAGAAGAAGACAGCCCUGGCCAACCAGCUGAAAGCCCAGAGGCCAGAGGAAUGCCUCAAGCACAUCACGGUGGUGCUGGACCCAGCGCUCUUACAGAUGGAAGGUGGGGGACAGCUCCUCGGAGCCCUGCAGUCCAUGGAGUGCUGCUGUGCGAUUGAAGCGCAGGCCGUGCCGUGCAGUGUCACGUGGAGGAGGAGGACGGGGCUGGUGGAGGAUGGAGAGGACUGGGUGGAAGAGCCAACACUCCUGGUGCUGCUUCUGACAAAGGAUUUUGUGUCCAUGGUGUACAACUCAAAGCAGGGAGGUCCGGGAAGUGGUGAGAAAGGAAAGGAGACACUACAGGGCUUCGUAACCGACGUCAUGGCAAGGACAGGGGGGAAAGCACUGUCACUGGUGAUUGUGGACCAGGAGGGAUGCUUCAGGACUCAGAAUCCUCUGAGGAGAAAGAAACAGGGAAUGGCAAAUAAACAGCCUAAGGAGAAGCAGCGGCAGAGACCUGAGCCCAGCACAGGGUGCAUGGUGUCCAGGGUACGUAUGGAAGAGGCAUUGGUGGAUCUGCAGCUGCACACAGAGGCCCAGGCUCGGAUUGUGCAGAGUUGGAAAGAGCUGGCCGACUUGACCUGCGCAUUCACAAAGGCUGUGGCAGAAACACCCUUCAAGAAGCUCCGAGAUCAGAGCGGCUUCUCCUUCUGCCUGGAGAGCGACUGGGCUGGGGGGGCGAAGGUGGACCGCACUGGCCGGGGACUUGCACUGGUCUGGAGGAGGCAGAUUCAGCAGCUGAACCGAGUCAGCCUGGAAACAGCCAGUGCCAUCGUGGAUGCCUAUCCUUCGCCACGGCUCCUUGUGCAGGCUUAUCGGCGGUGCUUUUCAGAGCAAGAACGCCAAAAUUUGCUGGCAGACAUACAAGUGCGCCGUGGGGAGGGUGUGACAUCCACCUCCCGUCGUGUCGGGCCAGAGCUGUCCAGACAGAUCUACCUUCAGAUGACCACAAUGCAGCCAGAUCUUUCCUUAGACAGUGCUGACUGAUGCUGUCCACAGGGAUAAGAUGACAGCAGUGAGAACACCGAGGACCCUCAAGCAUGGGGACCACCAGUCUUUCUCCUUGUGACUUUUCUCCUGUGAACUCAGGGCCCAAGGCUGAGAUACCAGCAUUUAUUGGUUUUCUCCCAGUCACGGUAUAGAAACCACCCGGAUCCUGCCCCAGCCAGCCCUCAAAACACAAAGGAGAAAGACAGACCACUCAGACAUGGAUUUAAUAAUUGUAGAAAUCCAAAAGAAUCAGCAUCAAAUCUCGAAGUCAGAGUGAACUCUUGCCUGCGGGUUGGCUUGACUAGGCUCAGCCACUGAACUGCCUCAACCAGCCAAGGAACUGAGAGUAAGCUGACUUCCGUUUUCCUAACGUCAUCGUAUGUACUGUGUGUUUAGUUUCAAUAAAGCAUCUGUACCAAUGGCUCUGGAGCUUGGAGGAAGACUAAA